GGGCUGUGGUGGAAAGAACAUGGCGUCCCGAGGAUGGUCUGCGAUGGUUAGAAGGCUGCAGACAACGCGAUGUAUUCGAGGAACAUCGCCUUUGGGAGGUGGAAAUUACUCUGCAGCAAAAGAAAUAGGUAGCAAAGUUUACAGGAGAUCAUUCAUGACAUCCCUUUUUCGUCAUGGUAAGGCGAUCACACAUCUCAGAAAAGUCAGAAAACGACAAAUAUCGUAGGCUUCCAAAAAUAACCGUAAAAACGUAUGAUGUGGGCUGUAAAAUAAGGCUAAAAUAAACCUCACUGUGAUCGCUGUAUUCUGGGGGAGGAAAAGACCACUGUCAUUUUUUCAGCUGGUUGGGCUUGAUCGAUUCAGUAUUAAAGGAGGAAUCAAAAGCAUAGACUUCCAAAUCCACUGUUGCAUAAGCGUGAGUGUUACUUGUUGUUCUUUGGGUAGAGGAUGAUCUUUGGUCAUAUGGCGAUUUAUUAGUGGGGUUACUUAGAUUUAAAUGUGAUUUCCGCGAUGCUCCUGUGUUGUCCAAAAAUAGACUCCAAUGGAGUUGGGGAUGUGGGGGAGUGUUGGGCUAUACUAGGCCUUUUUUGCUGGGGUAUUGGCUUAAGAGUUUUAAUUGCAUCAGGGUAUGGGCUUUUUCCUUCACACGACCAAAGACUAGGUUUGUGUCACAUCAAUCAAACAAACUUGUCAAAUGUAGAUUAUUGUUAUCAACAUGGUAAGGGUUUGAUGUCCAGAGUAGAAUGCACACACCAAAACUUGGGUUGAGAAUACUAUUAUUAUUAUUAAUAGUGAUAUUAUUAUUAUGUACACCCAGGGAACUAUUUCAGUGACAGAUCAAACCUUUUAUUUUACUACAAGAUGAGACUUUGACUGUUUGUUCUAGCUGCAGCAUCCUUUUCUCUCUUUUCAUGUUUGUUCUUUUAUCCAUCCCUGGAAAAAGAAAACAAAAAACAAGGAAGAGAGCAAAAAAAUUUGUAUACCUUGUUUCUUAAAUGGUGACAAAAUAAUGUAGUUAUUUCUUCUUUCAUCUUGAUGAUUGGCUUUUGAUUCCUCCAUGCAAGGCUAAAGGUCUCAUAUUGAAAUUGUAUGAUCAAGGCAAAGAGCAAUCAUUAUAAAUAUGAAAGAAUAUUUGAAUUGCCACCAGUUUGAAAUGAUAAGGUGUAUUAGGUGAUAACAUUAUUAUAUUACAUACAAGUAUUCAUGAAGCUUGUUAUUUAUGAUUUUUCAAGGUGUCCCAACGACACAAAUCCUCAUGCCAGCUCUAUCACCCACAAUGGAGGAAGGAACUAUUGUUAAGUGGCUAAAAAAGGAAGGUGACAAUGUCUCCCCAGGGGAUGUACUUUGUGAGAUUGAAACUGAUAAGGCUACAAUCUCCAUGGAUACUGAAGAGGAAGGAAUUUUGGCAAAGAUAAUAGUCCCAGAGGGAAGCACAAAUGUAAAGAUAAAUAAACUGAUUGCACUGAUGGUGGAGGAGGGUGUGGACUAUACACAGGUUGAAGUUCCAAUAGAUACAGGUACAAGACCUUCAAUUUACACCCUUUAUUACAGAAUUUAUGUGUGCUUUACUCCCGUUAUGAAAAUUUGUGGAUCCUCUUAAGCCUCGUGAUUCAAACAAACAAAAAUGUUUUGAGUUAAUGUUAGUUAAAAGUCUCUGACAGGAGACUGAAAGACUGACUUGGCUUAUUGUCAUAGUACUAAUUAAUGAUUAAUUAACUUAUUGAUGGAAAAAAAAAAUAAAAGAAUUGUUUCGGUGAGGCUGCCUUUAGUUUAAACACUGAGUAUCGGAUUGCAUUGGUGACAAUAACCCUAUAGAGUUCUUAGAAAAGAGAGUCUAUUGCAGUCAACCCUGACACUUGUAAUGUUAUUAUGUUUCAUUUGAAAAACAAACAAAAUUGUUCUAUCAAGCACUUAUAUUAACCAUUCGUUCUCUUAAGAUGAGUCAGACAAAACAGAAGUUUCUUCAGAUCAGAGCAGCAGUACUGGUCACAGUGACACCACUGUGCUGAUAUCACCAGCUGUUAGACUACUUCUUGAGACAUAUCAGCUGAACCCUGGACUCAUCCCAGCCACUGGUCCAAAAGGAAGACUGCUCAAGGGUGACGUGUUGAGGUUUGUGGUUCAAGGAGGAAAGCCCUUCACAAAACCAGAAGAAGCUAAGAUUCCUACGCAAGCUGCCCCACCAUCAGAAAAAUAUGUUCAGUCAGCUUUGCCUCAGCCAACAGCUCCACCCCAAAAAACUAAACCCUCAACUCAGACAAGAAGUAGGUACACUGUUUUCUCUUUAAGAAGGGUGUGACUAUUUUGGCUCCAUUAGAUAUGAAAUAAACCGUCAGUCUAUGGCCCAUUUGUCUCUUUAUGAUGCAUAAUUAGGGGUAUAGAAUGGUAAAUUUAAGACUGCAAGACCCCGCUUUCAAAAUUAGAGACUUAAGAAAACAAGACUUGGAGACCUAUCAGAAAUGCUCCCAAGAUUUUGAGAUUGGCUCCAAAUUUUCGGAAGGCCCUCGAAUGUUGAGGAACCAUUCUUUACCCCUUGCAUUGAUGGGCAAUAUGUACCUUUACAAUGAGUCAAGAGUAGCUACAGGUCUCUAGGGCCUUAGGGCACCAUGACAUUUUGGAUCUUUGUUAAUCUAAUAAGAAUGCUAGCUACAUAUACUGCACCUGCUCCAUGCAGAACACACUUAGGAGGGACUACUGUGAUUAAAGAUUAAAGGAGGUGCAUAGGUGGGGUUGGAAAAAUAUUAAUAUUUGAAUUUUUGAGGGCCAGUGCAAUAAUUAGUUUUCUUUGAAGUUAUAGGACCUUAUUCGUUUCUUUAAGUUAACACCUUAUUGUCUAUGAGAACUGUAAAAUUGUAGGGGUUGGAGUUGAUUUGCAUCUAUGAAUUGUCAAUCCCUGGUUUUUAAGCCUUGUUGUUAAAAAUAUUUUUCACUACUUUAAAACUCAGUAGAUUAAUAAUAUUAUUGCAUUCUGUUUUGCAGACACAAAGCUUGUUUCACCAAAACCAUCUGAUGCAGUUGGCACAACAAAAUACAUUGACAUACCUAACACAAGUAUGAGGAGUACCAUUGCUAAGAGACUUGCGGAAUCUAAAGCUACUGUCCCACACACUUAUGCUUCUACAAACUGUGUUAUGAACAAUCUUAUUGAACUGAGAAAAGGUCUUGAGGUGAAGGUUUCUAUAAAUGAUUUUGUUAUCAAAGCAGCGGCCUUGGCUCUGAGGCAGGUUCCAGACAUGAAUGCCAUCUGGGAUGGAAAAGAGGCUCAGUUACUUAGUGAUGUAGACAUCUCUGUCGCUGUGGCAACUGACUCAGGGCUUAUAACACCGAUUGUUAAAACAGCGGAUAAUCUAAAAGUUGCAGAGAUUUCUUCUGUUCUCAAGGUAAUAAUUCAGUAAUAGAAGCAUGUACAUGAUUUCUUGUAAUUUUAGCUCUAUGAUUCAUGCAAGGUGUCUUUAGAACUUUGCUUCCCUUUUAACUGCUGUAAGUGCACUGCCUUUUAAAUAGGAAUCAAUCACAAAAAUAGAACGUUUUCUCGACUUUAUAAAGCCAUAAAAUUCAUCUGUUAACCCUUUGGGCCCUUUCACAGGCCCAAAUGACAGAUUUCCCUACCCUUUCGUAUGGUUGUUGUUUGUUCCCUCUGCACCCAUUGUACCUCCGUCGAAAUACAAGCGCGCGGAGGGGGGGUGGGGAGACUGCAAAGGGUUAUACACCUGAAAUGAUUGUUUUUGCAAUACCUGAUAUCAAUCGUAUCAGUACUCAAAAGAUGGAGAUAGGCUGCAGCUGUGUGGUAACCGUGUGGCUCAACGUUUCCUUUUAUCAACUUUUAAAAAGGAUUUUGUUUAAACCAUUUACGAUUUUCUAUAGGCACUUUGUUCAGUAAGUUGUUAAGGAACAUUUCAGUGAGAGGAUGCAGUUUUUCUUGUCUAAUUAAGCAUUUUUCUUGCCCAUACAUUGUGGACCAAUGUAGACUCCAUGUUACUAGGAGGCAAUAGAUAAAACCAAAUUAUUCUUGGGUUGCACGUGACGUCACCAAAAAUCAAACUAAGAAACUAUCGAUUCUUCUGAGUUUCUACUUUCACGAGGUAUUACAGUACCUAAACACCUUUACAUAAAAUAAUUUUUGGUUCGAAAGGGUUCUUCGUUUUGCGAGAGAGGACGCUUGAAUUUCCAGGCUUUUGCGUGACGGGGCAUUUAGCUGGCGGCCGGGAAAGCUCUUACGUGGGUUAAAAACAUGACCGAUUUUGGGAGAUUUUGCAAUCUAAACGUUCCUUGUCUCAGAAUAAAUAUUACUGUAAUCUGUAUGAGUUCUUCAAGCGAAGAAUUCACGCAUUAGUAGGAAAACUCGAAAACAGAUGUUUCUGUUGGUAUCCGGCGGCCAUAUUGGUGUUCCUGAAAGGCACACCAACAUGGCGUUUCCAUACAAAGCUUUAUAAAUUUAGGUAAACCGUUUUUCCCAAUAUCUCGCAUUUGAAAUAUUUCACAGACCUGAUUCUUGGCAAGGGUUUUUGUAUAUUUAUCUUUUUUUAUUUCCCAGAUUCUAGUCCUUCUGUAUUGAAUGGUUUGCAUUUUUAUUUUUCAUUGCGUGACAGUGCAAGCCAAGAAUACACGCUUUCAAGUUGUUUCCUUAACAGAUUAAGUGUGAAUGUUUGUUAGAAUUCCAUUUGGGCAUCAUAAGGGUUUUUUUUAGAAAUUAUUAAUAUUCCUUCCCUUCCCCUUUUGCCACCCUCUUUUGCACAUGUUUGCACUCUGUGCUUCCAUACCCCAGGAAACAUUGUUUUGCUUUCAGUCUACAAAUUAAUAAGCCUCUAUUUUUUUUCCAGGACCUGGCAAGCCGCGCUAGAGAAGGCAAGUUAAAAUUGCAUGAGUUCCAAGGUGGCUCCUUCACUAUUUCCAACCUUGGAAUGUUUGGUAUCACUGAGUUUUCUGCAGUCAUUAAUCCACCACAGGCUUGCAUUAUGGCUGUGGGUGGUACCCAUCCUGUGCUCACCGCAGUAGAGGAAAUCCAAAGUGUGAUGACAGUCACUUUGUCGUGUGAUCGUAGGAUGGUGGACGAUGAAUUAGCUGCCAGAUGGCUAGAAAAUUUCAAAAAGAACAUAGAAAAUCCAUCUCGACUACUUCUGUAAAAAUGUCAAUAUAUUUUCUCUUGGGAUUGUAAAUCAAGGACAAAGACUGAUAAUAAUGUGAUCAGUUAUUUGAAAGAUUUUAAAAGUGAG